CUCGGCGUGGGGAGGGCGGCGAGCACGCAAGCCAAGCGGGCUGACGUGGGACGAGCUGCCAGGUAGCGGAAGCAGCCAGCCGGCGGCCGAGACACUUCGCGGCGUGUCAGCCGUGUCUGUGACCGAAGCCCCCGGAUCCGAGCCCGCCGGGCGGUACCUCCGCGAGUCGCAGUCCCUGGUGCCCAGCCUGUCUCCGCCGCGAGCGGCAGGAUGCGUACAGUGUCGCGCCGGGGGCUCUGAGACCAGCCUCGGACUCGCUUGCGGUUCUUUCUUUCCAGGCUUUUGGGCUGUUGGCUACACGGAUGUGCCCCCCUCCUUUGGCAUGAUGGGGAUCUUUUUGGCGUCUGUGGGAUUUCUGUUCUUUUCUGUGUUAUAUGUACAGCAAGGGCUUUCUUCUCAAGCAAAAUUUACUGAGUUUCCGCGGAACGUGACUGCAACCGAGGGUCAAAAUGUGGAGAUGUCCUGCGCUUUCCAAAGCGGCUCCACCUCAGUGUACCUAGAGAUCCAGUGGUGGUUCCUGCGGGGACCAGAGGACCUGGAGCCAGGGGCUGAGGCAGCUGGCGCUCAGGUGGCGCUCCUACCCGACAGAGACCCGGACAACGACGGGACCAAGAUUAGUACAGUAAAAGUCCAAGGCAAUGACAUCUCCCACAAGCUUCAGAUUUCCAAAGUGAGGAAAAAGGAUGAAGGUUUAUAUGAAUGCAGGGUGACUGAUGCCAGCUAUGGGGAGCUACAGGAGCACAAGGCCCAGGCCUACCUGAAAGUCAAUGCCAACAGCCAUGCUCGAAGGAUGCAGGCCUUUGAAGCCUCACCCAUGUGGCUACAAGACACGAAACCUCGCAAGAAUGCCUCAGCAGUAGUUCCCAGCAGCAUUCACAGCUCUGCCAACCAACGAACGCACUCCACCUCCAGCCCUCAAGCGGUUGCCAAAAUCCCUAAACAAAGUCCACAAUCAGCAAAGAGCAAAUCGCCUGUAAAAUCUACGGAGCGGACAGCAAAGUUGACCCUAAACUCCAAGCACCAUUCUGCACCCCUGUACUCUAGCUACAAACACAAGGAACAUCUGCUUCCAGAAGCAUAAGCGAAGAGGCUACCGCACGCUUUGUUGAUAACAUUUCCUUUGGAAAAUCAUUGAUCUUUUCUUUCAAGAGAAUUAGUGUGAAGUUACAGCACAUUUUCUAAUAACAAGAUCUAAUUUUUGUUUUUUCUUUUCUUUCGGCGAACAAAAUCAUCUCACUGACUGCUUGGGAGUUGGCCUGAAAAUUAUCACUAUAGUAAAUAUUUACAUGAAUUCCACUGAUUUCCUACCAAGGGACCCCUUAUCUGCUGGCAACAAACACAGAUGAAAAGCCUAUGAAACACGAACUCUCCUCAAACAACACCCCUAGUCAGGGGACUAACAAGAUGAUCAACACUGCGUGUCAACCACAGCUUUAUUUUAUAUAAGGAACAAUUAAAGAAAGUUUGUUGUUUUUUUUUUUUUUGAAUAUUCCUUGGAUUUUUUCCUUCUCUUCUUCAAUUGCUGGUCUUGUUCAAUGGUGGCAAGUGCUGAUAAUUGCCAAUCUUUGUCAAUCCUGGGAGGUUUAUAUACAUACAUAUUGAGUGUGCUGUAUUUCAGUGUGUUUUAAUUCAUUUUGCAAUUUCUGUAUAUGCAAACCUGACAAAUUCUGUAAAUUGCUUAUAGUACGUAUGAUAUACUUCCAAGUAGAUAUACAAUGAUCCUUAUGCAAGCUAAUUUUUAUCAUUAUACACAAAAUUAUACGUGCAUAUAUAUUAGGCCACCAACCAACUUCUUUUGAGAAAGCGUUAUGUUUCAUUUAUAAUUCAUGUACCGUGUGAAUUUUGUAGUGUGUUCCUUCAUGACACAGGUUUGGUAGCUGCAGAUUGUCUCUGUUGUCCUCUGCUUCUUUCUGGAAAGUGCAUAUUUGAAGUUGUAUGUGUCUUGGAUAAAUGAAUUAAUUUUGUUGUGUAUGUGCUAUGAUGGAGUUUGCUGUGUUCUUUUACACAUGGUGAUUAUCAAGGUGUAGAGACCUCUGGUCUGAAGAACAUACACUCUGCUUUGACAGAUCUCCCCAUGUUAUUGUUAACCUAUCUCUGAAAAGGAAUGCGGGGAAGUGAGAUGGUGAGGGGAUGCUUUAAACUGCCCCCCCCCCCCGAAGCUGGGAACACUAGCUCUUCAUGGUCUGACUAAAUGAUGCUGCUUCCUUUGAACUUCGUGAAUUUUUGUAGCUUUGUCAUCCUGCUCUUGGCUGCUAAUUAUAUUUUAAUGUCCACUAAUUAAAAAUUAAAAUGUGUUCAUUGGCUGAAUACAAUAUGCAAAUUACUUCAAAGCCCCAACUAAAGAAGAUAGGUGUUCAGUCUUCAGUAGUUAAGUAAAUUAUGAUUUUAAAUAGUCCAUCUUUAUUUUUUACUGUGUGAUAUUUUAUUUAGACCUGCUCUAAAUAAUUUUUUCUCUGGCAAAGAAAGACAGAACAAUCACUAUGUCCCCUCUUACAAUAUAGAAGAGUUAUGGCUUGAGAAAGACAGACUUAGAUUUUCCUUGCAGAGAGAUUCUUCACUUUCUUUCAUUACAAAACUGGAGCACCAUCUAUGUAGGAACAGCACCCCAUCCCCCCAGCCUGAGGUCCUAAACUGAAGCUUGAAGCAAUGAAUCCCUUUGCUUUUCAAAGGUAAAGGCCUGGACUCUCUGCCUCUCAGUUAUAAGCAAUGCGCAUAUUUUCAUGACAUUCUUUGACAUUAUCUUUAAAAAAAAAGUUUCGUGCUAAAUCUUUCCUUGCCAUUUUUUCUUGUUCAUUUCAUUCAUUAUUUCAUUCUAAUGAUAAAAAUAAAGGUUUGAUUGUACUAUUUUAUUAAUCAACAAAUGUAUUUUCUUUCCAAAAUUAAAUGUUUGAAAGUGCAUAACAUAGUAACAGGUAAACUUUAUCUGUUGAGACUAUUUGAGCUUUAAGGAUUCCAUACAUUAAAGCAUAUGUUAGCAUACAGAUUCAAAGUCAAUCAAACUGGGAAAAACCAUCAUGUAAUAUACCUUUUUACUCAAUGUCCAGGUAAUGAUAUCAGUAAAUUCUACAACAAGCCAGACCUGUAUCUGUAUCAGUACUGUUUGCCAUGCUUGUAAUAAAAGGGUAUAUGCUAGUCUGGGAAGGAUGCUCAUUAGAUUCAUUGUAUCAGCGUCCAAAAUAAUAAAGACCUAUUUGUCACUGUGUCACCAACAGUCAAACUCACCCUCCACUUUGAGAAUGAGAACAAGCUCAAAACUUUCAUAUAGAAUUUUAAGUACUAGAAAAGAAAAUACAGCACGUUCAUGAGAGCUUCUAAUAGUUUUUACAUUAAAUGAUAUCCCUUUGGGACUAUAAAUUCUUAUGUAGUCAUUACUAUGGAAAUGAAUAAAAAUGCAAAAGUAAGUUUUCUGGCUUUCUCAACCUUGUUUCUAAGAUUAUACAGUGUCCUUUUUAAGACAGAAUCAUAGAAAGCUAAAUUUGCUUACUUGAAUUCAGGUUAGAUUCUUUGUUUCUUAAAGAUUUAUAGAGUUUGCAAAUGGAAACACUUUGGGGACAAAAUAAGAUAGCAGUGUUAUCUAAAACAGAAGCUCUUAACCUGAGUUAGUAAGUGCACUUUGUGGAGCCUGGGAACCACUCUGUUUACAGUCAGCAUUCUGUACCCUGAAGAAGUGUAGCAACUAUUUAUAUGGCAUUUUACGGUAUUAGGUGUAGUAAUUAGAAAUGAGUUAAAAUAUACAGGAGGAUGUGUGUCUAUUAUGUGCAAAUACUGUGCCAUUUUAUAAAAGAGACUUGAGUAUACAUACAUUUUGAUAGCCAAUGACUGGUUUGUAUAGCCAGCCGGCCACAAAUGCUGAGGGGUAGAUAUACAUGUAGAGCUUUGCAGAUGAGGGUAGAUAUACAUGUAGAGCUUUGCAGAUGCACAUUUGUUCUAUAGAGAUGAUCCUUAGCACGAAUUGAUUCUGAAAGUGAUUUAAUUAUGGUUUCCUGGACUAAAAAAGAAAUACAUAAAUGACUCUGAGAUCCUAAUAAGUCCUAAUUACUGUAUGUUUGAAGUGGUUUGCCUUAAAGUUCGCGGAAGCAAGCAGUGUUCAGAUGAAUACAUUAGUAUACACAUAUGCACACAGAGUUGGCAAAUAAAACAUAUAUUUUUA